GACAACCAAGGGCGCGCGCUAUUUGGAAACACGUCUGUCAAGACACUCGCAUGGGAUUUCGGGGAUUUCUUAUGUAAACUUCAGUUACAAGAACCUGAUAGUUGUGAAAAAUCACAAUGCGUCGCUCAAAACUACCGCCGCGAAGUUUAUAUCCUUUGAAGAGCACAAGUCCAUCUCUGGACACUGAGAAGAGAGAUGACAAAUUUCAUCAAUCACAGCUUCCACCAAUCAAAGACAAUUCUUUUCUGUUUGCUCCACCUCUUGGCAGACCAGAGUGUCCUCAAUAUGGACGCCGAGCACACAGGCUUGCAAAUGGGAGAACUGAUCCUCUAGGCCUUCAUCCCAGCAAGUAUCAGAGCCAAGCCAUGGCAUCAGCUGCACCCAGCCUCACAUCACAGACUCCCACCCCCUGGGGAACUGACGAGCCAUUCCGCUGCUGCAAGGAUUUCCUGGAACAGAAAUCAUCUACAAAUGUCCGAGCAAAAAUCCAACUGCCGGACAUUCUGGACACCAGGUGCCAGAUGACCGGCGGCCACCUACGCAUCCGGCCAGCCAAUACGGAUCUGCUGAUCCUCAAUGAGAUCGAGUACAACUAUGAGCCUGCUGUUGUCCCACGCAAGAUCUCACCAGAGUUUUCCGCAAUCAAUGGACGAAGACUGCGAAUCAAGUCCCCAAGGAUCCGCACACAGCUCAGCCGAGCAAACUCGUACCAUACCGAUGUGGACUCCCAGAAUAUCCACAGUGGCAACCAAUCGAAGGCCACACGAUCGGGAACUACAAACUUGCCUCAUCUGGACCUGCUGCUGAAGAAGAGGCAUCUCUCGUAAUAACUUCUACAACUAAAUUUGCAGCA